CCAAAUCAUAGGCAACUCUUAUGACAUGGCUAUAAAAUUAAAAUAUAUCUAAAACCCAUCAAAUAAGGCCGAUUCAAAAUAAGCCCACUAAAAAUAAGGCCCAUUAAUAUACUAUUCCAAAAGAAGUAACUAAAAACCCUACCUGUGAAAAGGAAGUUUAAAGGAGUAGUAAGAGUAACCUUAUAAAUAAGCCGCUCCAUUAUUUUUGUUUGUUUGAAACAAACUCUAAAACCCUAAAUUCUUCUUCUCAAGCAGCCACAUCUUCCUCUUUCACUAGCUAUGGAGUUUUGGGGUAUCGAGAUUAAGCCAGGGAAGCCAUUUAAGGUGAUACAAAAAGAUGGAUUCAUGGUCCAUGCCUCUCAGGUUACCCUUGGUGACGUUGAGAAGGUUAAAAAAGAUGAGACUUUUGCCGUUUAUGUGAAGAUUGGUGAUGAUGAGAAUGGGUUUAUGAUUGGAAAUCUCUCACAGAAGUUUCCUCAAUUUUCUAUUGAUCUCUACUUAGGGCACGAGUUUGAGAUUUCUCACAACAGUACAAGCAGUGUCUAUCUUAUUGGUUACAGGACCUUUGAUGCUUUUGACGAACUGGAUGAGGAGAUUGAUUCUGAUUCUGAGUUAGAUGAAUAUAUGGAACAACAAAUUGCUGCUUUGCCUCAAAAUGAGAUCAAUCCUGAAGAAGAUGAUGAAUCCGACUCAGAUGAGAUGGGUUUGGACGAGGAUGAUGACUCUUCAGAUGAAGAAGAUGUAGAGGCUGAAGCACCUUUAAAGGUGGCUCCUCCGAGCAAAAAGAUGCCAAAUGGUGCAUUUGAGAUAGCUAAAGGUGGAAAGAAGAACAAGUCAUCAGGAGGGAAGAAGAGAUGCCCAUUCCCUUGUGGUCCCUCUUGCAAAAAGUAGAAGAUAUUUGCACACCAAGUCACAUUUUUCCAAUAGAAAUUUUUACUUGACUGUAUUGGUGAAUCGUUGAGUGACUUAUGAGGCUUUUGGCAUCUUAAAAUUUUUGGAUUAUUAUAAUAUAUGUUAUGUUGUCAUUUUGGAGUGUUAAUGGGUUUAAAUGAAAUAUGAUUUUUGCUCUUUUCAAGUUCAUAAAAUUUCGAA